CUUAUCUUUCUCCCUCGGCCCAUAAUCCGCCUUGACUUAGAAACCACAAAAUCCUAAUCAAAGUGAAUGGCCACUAUCCGGCUAUCUCCGGCGGCCAUCCAUACCUUCGCCGUUUCCCCCACCACUCAAAUUCCGCCCAUCUCCUCCUCCCUCCGCCCGUCCCCCUUCCCCCUCCACCGCCGUCGCUUCUCCUCUCUCAAAAUUUCCAUUCCUCGCCGCCGCCACGCCGGCGGAGGCUCUGCUGCUGGCGCCACCAUGUCUGAUACCCCCGCAUCCAGAUACGCCUCGGCCCUCGCGGAAGUUGCCAAAUCCAACAACACUCUCGACGCUACAAUGGGUGACUUAGAGAACAUCGAAACCGUCUUCUCCAACUCCUCGGUCCUGUCUUUCUUCAUCAACCCUACUAUCUCCGACGAGAAGAAGCUCGAUUUCAUCAAGGAAAUAGCCACUGCAUCCGAGUUGCAGCUCCACACUGCCAACUUCCUCAACAUCCUCAUCGACAUGAAGCGGAUCGAUGUGAUUAUUGAAAUCGUGAAGGAGUUUAGUUUUUGCUACAAUGAGAUAACGGGGACGGAGGUCGCGGUGGUUUCCUCAGUGGUGCAGCUCGAGUCGCAGCACCUCGCGCAGAUUGCGAAGACGGUGCAGAGGCUGACGGGGGCGAAGAAUGUCCGGGUCAAGACGGCGAUUGAUCCUUCGUUGGUUGCUGGGUUCACGAUUAGGUAUGGGAACUCGGGGUCGAAGCUGAUUGAUAUGAGCGUUAAGAAGCAGCUCGAUGAGAUUGCAGCGCAGCUGGAUUUCUCAAACAUUGUAAUUGCUUGAGGUUUGCUCCUGUUAUCCAGGUAUUAGAGCUUGAGGAUUAGUACCAUGCCAACAUUUGUUGGCCUUGUGGUCAGGUUUGCCCUACAUUUUGGAUUCAAUGUAAGACAUAGAGGUAUGAGCACCAUGCAAAGAUUGUUGCAUAUCACGCCCAGAUUUUGAAUUAAAUGGAAAUAGCUGCAUGUCAUGACCAUUUGGACUUGAAGUGUUGUCAUCCUCUGUUUGAGGGUCAUGGGAAGGAACUUGCACGUCACCAUCCUCUAGUUGCAGCAUUAGGAAUCAAUUGUUUAAGUCUUUCCAAGUAACAUAAAUACAGCGGAUGUGCAACGGCUUCUAAACUAUUACAAAUAAUUUAGUAGGUGUUUAAACCACUGCAGUAGGUCAAAAAAAGUGUUGUGAAUGCCUAUUUUAUUAGUAGUGUAACUUUGGACGAUCAAGUCAUUAAUAAGAGUACAUAUUUUAGAUAUCU